GUGGCACUUGUAGCAAGGUCCUCAACUUAGAAACCACUACAGCCAUGAAGGUAGCCCUCGUCCUGCUGAUCUCUGGCGUGUUGCUUGUAGCGUACAGCACGCCGCUGGCUGCUGCAGACGAUGGAGACGAAGUGUUCGAAGAUGACGACGAGACUGACAGCUUAGCAGACGAAGACGCUGACGACAGCGGUGCUGACGAGGGUCUAACUGUAGAGAGCAGGAAGGCAGUCAAAGGUGCUCACGCCCGAGCCGGCCACGCGAAACACGCGCGUGCAGGCAGCCGACACGCUGCGAGCAGAGCUGCAAACAGGCCCCACGCCAGGUCAGGCGCCGCCCGCAAAGCCGCCCACAGCGUGUAGCCGCCGCUGCUGAGGGGGCGCCACACCAUGGAGGCGCAGUCUGGAGCAGCUCACACUGUCCUGUACUCUACACCGACACGGCAGAAAUAAAUCACUACUGCUCUUUGCAGAAAAUAUA